AGUUCCUGUUCCUCUGCAAGGCUGAGUGGUCUGAAGAGGGGGAGAGGGGAGAAUCAUACCCUCCAGCUCUAAAAUGUAUCAUUGGAGUUUCAUUCUGCAGAUCCUGCUGCUGACGGGCAGAGAUGUGCUCUCCCAGGAGGAGUGUCCUAAAGGCCCUAUCCGGUCCUGUGGAGACUGCAUCACCUCAGGCCCCUUCUGUGCAUGGUGCAAACAGCUGAACUUCACUAAGAAGGGUGAGUCUAUCGCUGUGCGCUGUGACACCAAGGCCGUGCUGCUGGAAAGAGGCUGCCAGGAGACCGACGUGAUUUCUCCUCAGAGCUACCAUAUCCCGCUGAGAAACGACCCCUUCUCCAAGGCCACCUCCAUCCAUCAGGAGCCAGUCCAGCUGAAGCCACAGGAAGUCAAGCUGGUGCUCAGACCUGGAAAGGCCUACACGUUCCAGCUGCAAUUCAAACGAGCUCAAGACUACCCAGUAGACCUCUACUACCUCAUGGACCUCUCCUACUCCAUGAAAGAUGAUUUGGAAAAUGUGAAAAAACUGGGGAAAGAUCUACUGAAAACUUUGCGGACGAUCACCUCUCGAGCUCGCAUUGGUUUCGGCUCAUUUGUUGACAAGACAGUUCUGCCCUUCACAAACACCAACCCAGACAAACUGAAGAAGCCCUGUCCUGAGAAUGAGACGUCCUGUGAGCCAGCAUUUGGUUACAGGCAUGUGCUGAGCCUGACGGAUGAUCAGAACAAGUUUAAUAACAGAGUGUCUGCACAGAAAAUCUCUGGAAACCUGGACGUCCCAGAAGGCGGUCUGGACGCCAUCAUGCAGGCAGCAGUGUGUGGGGAUAAGAUUGGCUGGGGGAACAGCACGCGGCUCCUUGUGUUUACCACUGACGCUGGCUUCCACAUGGCCGGUGACGGAAGGCUGGCUGCCAUCCUGGACCCCAACGACGGCGAGUGUCAUCUGGACAGCAGUGAUGUGUACAGCAAAACCAAUGACAUGGACUACCCUUCUGUGAGCCAAGUGGCAGACAAGUUAGCGAAAAACAACAUCCAGCCCAUCUUCGCUGUCACAAAGAACACGGCAGACGUGUACAUGAAACUGAAGGAACUUAUUCCUAAGUCUGAAGUGGGUGUGCUGUCAGGGGACUCCAGCAAUGUCGUGGGUCUGAUUGAGAAGGCAUACAAGAGCCUUUCCUCCAAUGUGAUCGUGACUCACAGUGAGCUCCCAGACCACGUCCGCGUCACAUACACCUCCGACUGCCCUGCUGGCAGAAGGCCAGACACCAGGGGGAUAUGCAACGACGUGAGCAUCGGGCAGACGGUUACAUUUACCGUGACAGUGACGGCACAAAAAUGCAUAAACGAGGCAUCCUUUCUGAUUGGACCCCUGAGCUUCAGAGAGAAAAUGAAGGUUACCGUUGCAACACACUGUCAGUGUAGCUGUGAUGACUCAGCUGACACCAACAGUCCACACUGCAGCGGCAAAGGAAAGGUCACCUGUGGGAUCUGCAAUUGUGCUAAAGGCUUCGUGGGUCAGAGGUGCGAGUGCCAAGUGGGAGACAAGGACGAAGAUCACCUGCGGGCUGCGUGCCGGCUGAAUAAUGGCACGGAAUGCUCCGGUUUGGGGGACUGCAUCUGCGGCGUGUGCCACUGCCAUGCCAGCGAGGACGGCAGGAACAUCUACGGCACCUACUGCGAGUGCGACGACCGCAGCUGCGAGGUGCACCAAAACAAGCUUUGCGGAGGAAACGGACGGUGUGAUUGUGGCAAGUGCGUGUGCAACCCGGAUUACGAAGGCAGUGCGUGUCAGUGCAAGAAGUCCAACGAAGGCUGCUCAGUGGGCGGCAAGUCGGUGUGCAGCGGCAGGGGCAAGUGCGUGUGCAACGUGUGUCAGUGCGAGGAUGGAUACACCUUACCGUUCUGCCAGACCUGCCCGGGAUGCCCGUCACCCUGCCAAAAAUCUGCGAGCUGCAUCGAGUGCCUGGGCUUUAACUCCGGCCCCCUGAGUAAGAGCUGCUCCUCUGCCUGUCAGCACAUCAAGCACACCAUGGUGGAGAAGCUGAAAGCCGACAAGCCCUGCGAAGUGAAGGACUCCAACAACUGCCUCAUGGUCUUCAAAAUGAACGAACUGGACGGCAUUAACAACUAUGAGGCAUUUAUCCUGGACAAAAGAGUCUGCCCAGAGCCGCCGAACGUCAUUGCGAUAGUUGGGGGGACGCUGGCGGCGGUGGCCCUGAUCGGCCUCCUGCUGCUGCUCCUUAUCAAGGGCCUGCUAUACAUGAAAGACCUGAAAGAGUUCCGCAGGUUUGAAAACGAAAAGCAGAGGGCCAAAUGGAGUAACGCAGACAAUCCACUAUUCAAGACAGCAACCACCACUGUGCAGAAUCCCAAUUUCAGUGGAGAGUAAUCCAACCAUCAGUGAACCUGUAGUCCAACUGUAAUCCAACUAACACUGAAAAUAUGAAGUUGUACAGUAUGGAGUGGUAAUGUAUAAUAUAGUGCAGUACAGUAUAGUAUUUCAUUGCUUAGCGUAGCAUAGCAUCACACAGAAUAGUACAGUGUGGUUUUGUAACUAUGUCAGUUACAUCUUCCUCAUGUCCUAUUGCUUCAUUUGCUGUUUAUGUCAUGGUUUGUUAUUAAUGUUGAAUAGCAUUGUGCUUCUUCAGAUGUUUUGGACAAUCCAGUGACACAACAGUC